AUGAACCUGCUGAGUCUGCUAAACCUGCUUCAUGAUCCUUGGGGUGAAAAUGAUGAAAUAGAGUAUGUUGGAGUAGAUGAUGAGCCUGCUGAACCUGCUUCUAAUAUUGGUUUUGAUUACAUUCCUGACACUGAUGAAGAAGAUAAUGAUGACUGUGAUGUUGAUGAUGAGAAAGAUUGUGAUGUGGUUGAGCAUAUAACUGACUUAGAAAACCCCAGGAUUGCUGUUGGUGUGACAUUUGAAGAUAGAGACACUUUCAUGAGAGCUAUUAGGCAGUAUGCUAUUUUGAAUGAGGUUGAAAUUGUAGCUCGUUAUAAUGAAGCAAAGAGGUAUAUAGGAUGUUGUAAAGCCAAGAAGUGCCCAUGGAGAAUACAUGCAUCACAACUGCAGGAUGAAAGGACAUGGCAGAUUAAAAAGAUGUCUAAUAAGCACUACUGCAAGAGCACAAGUAAAGUAGAGAAAAAUUGUAUGGCUAAUCAAUUCUGGGUUAGGGAUAGAGUGAUCCAGUGGUUGAGGCAUCCCACAAUUGGAGCUUCUACUUUGAAGAACAAGUUGGAGGAGAAGUACUUGAUCAAGUUGUCCUACUGGAUUGUAUACAAUGGCAGGGGUUUAGCACUUGAUGAGAUCUUUGGCAAAUGGGAGGACAAUUUUCACUAUGCUUUUGCUUUCAAGGCAGAGAUAGAGAGAAAGGCUCCUGGCAGCAUAGUAGAGAUAGAACCUGAAAAGGUUGGGUCCAAGAUGAGAUUUAGCAGAAUGUUUGUUGCCUUGAGGCCAUGUAUUGAUGGAUUCAAAAAUGGGUGCAGACCAUAUUUGGCAAUUGACUCCACUGCUCUUACUGGAAGGUGGAAGGGGCAGCUAGCUUCAGCUGUAGGUGUUGAUGGACAUAACUGGAUGUUCCCCGUGGCAUAUGGAGUAUUUGGGUCAGAGACACAAGAUAAUUGGGGGUGGUUCAUGAACAAGCUUGCAAUGGCAAUUGGAUCCCCACCUGCAGAGGUGGAGCUCCCCAUGCGGCAGGGUGGGGCAGCUGCCCCACCUACCGUCAGAGAAGAUUAA